UAAAAUUUCUAAUUGCUUUCAGUUUCAGAUAACAAACAAAACAAAGACCACGAUCAAAGAGAUGGCUCCGAUAGCGGUUGGCGAUUCGAUUCCCGACGGUUCACUCUCCUUCUUCGAUGAGAACGAUCAACUCCAGCAGGUCUCCAUCCAUUCCCUGGCCGCCGGCAAGAAGGUCAUCCUUUUCGCCGUCCCCGGUGCCUUCACCCCUACCUGCAGCAUGAAGCAUGUGCCCGGUUACAUCGAGAAAGCAGAAGAACUUAAGUCAAAGGGUGUUGAAGAAAUCUUGUGCAUCAGCGUGAAUGAUCCAUUUGUGAUGAAAGCUUGGGCAAAGACCUAUCCUGAGAACAAGGAUGUGAAGUUCCUAUCAGAUGGUUCAGGAACAUAUACUCAUGCUCUAGGGCUUGAACUCGACCUGACUGAGAAAGGGCUUGGUGUUCGCUCUCGUAGGUAUGCUCUGCUCGUUGAAGAUUUGAAGGUGAAGUCUGCAAACAUUGAAUCGGGUGGUGAGUUCACUGUUUCCAGUGCUGAUGAUAUUCUGAAGGCUCUCUGAUCUUUCCUUAGAAUGCUUUAUAUAAUAAUAAUCUUCUUCUUCUUCUCUGAUCUUUAUUAUGAAACCGGUAACUAUGUUGUGGUUCAUGUUCUAUCCAUCUUAAUUGGAAUAGUUAAAUGACUUUCAUGUUCUUGGAAUACUUAAAAAGUUCUUGAAUGAAUGGAGUGUUGAAUGUUUCUAUUGACU